AUGGUUCUCUCUUUCAUCUUAGUGCAGAAUCGCCAGGGCAAGACGCGCCUGGCGAAAUGGUAUGCGCCGUACAGUGAUGAGGAGAAAGUGAAGCUUAAGGGCGAAGUCCACCGUCUUGUCGCGCCGAGAGAUCAGAAAUACCAGUCGAAUUUCGUCGAGUUCAAACGGAGUACCAAAGUGGUGUACCGACGAUAUGCCGGGUUGUUCUUCUGUGUGUGUGUCGAUGCCAACGACAACGAGUUAGCGUAUCUCGAGGCGAUACAUUUCUUCGUGGAGGUUCUGGACCAGUUCUUUGGGAACGUGUGUGAGCUGGAUCUUGUCUUCAACUUCUAUAAGGUUUAUGCGAUUCUGGACGAGGUCUUCCUUGCGGGUGAAAUCGAAGAGACCAGCAAACAAGUCGUCCUGACAAGGCUGGAACAUCUGGAUAAAUUGGAGUAA